AUGGACGCCUUUGGCAUGAUCCCGAACAUCAUCGCCACAAUCCAGGCAACCUACAAGGUUAUCAAGUUUUUCGAAGAAAUAAAGAGCUCGGGACUUGACUGCAAUAGAUAUAUAUCUGAAGCAAGCUCUUCCUGCAUAGCCUUGCAGCAAGUGCGAGAACGCCUCGAUUCAAAUCUGGCAGAUGGACGUACUGUAGAGCCUUGGUUUCGCCACUUGCAGGCUCUGGCCGGCGAGGACGGAGUGCUGAAACACUACACGAGCGACAUGGAGCAAGUUGCAACCAUUUUGAUCGAAGUCAAGAGUUAUCGCUUCCGACGGAUCUUUGUGUGGCAUCGCGAGAAGGAGAAAAUCGAAGAAAUCUUCAGGAAGGUUGAGCGGCACAAAUCUGCUAUCCAGCUCGCAUUGUCCCAUGAUCAAUUUGUCGAAGCCCGCAUCCAGACGACCGCAAGUUUACAGGCAACAGAGAAAGCACAAUCGGAUAAAGAGAAAGUAAUUAAAUGGAUAUACCAGUCUGCCGUGAAUCACGAGCAUUUUCAGCAGGACUAUAACGCUGCUGCACAGGAUGGCACAGGACAGGCGUUCUUGAGCUCUGACAAUUUUCAACGAUGGCUAGAAGGCCCCUGUGCGACCAUCUUUUGCCCUGGCCUACCAGGGGCAGGCAAGACUGUAAUGGCUUCUAUCGUGAAGUCCCAUCUAGACGAAAAGACGAUGGGCAGCAAUCAUCCCACAGCUAUCUUGUACUUCAAUUACAAGCGACACCUUGAAGAUCACAAUCAUCGGACACUUCUUCUCGCCAUCUUAGCUCAAUUUCUAUCUCGGAGAGAGAAAGUUCCCGAUCGCCUUUUGAAAACUUAUGAGCGACAAGGGUCACUCCAUAUGGACGAUAUCAUAUCUAUCCUCAAAAGUCUUGUCCAGUCAUCCCACCGGAGCUUUCUCAUCAUGGAUGCUUUAGAUGAGUUAUACGAUGACGACGGGGCUCGUACUCGCUUUUUACAUCUAAUUCAGCGAAUUCAGGCUUCCGGUAGCCUGAAAAUUAUGAUGACGGCUCGGCCACACUUGACUGAUGAUCUCGCUAUUAGCAAGUGGUCAGAUGCUACUAUCGAGAUAACGGCAACCGACGACGACUUGCAUACGUAUUUGGACCAGAAGAUUUGCAGUUUCCCAUAUCUACCCGAUGACUUUGAUUUUCGUCAAAGCAUCGCGGAUCGUAUUGUGGAAGCCUCGGCAGGAAUUUUCCUACUCGCAGUCCUGCAUUCGGACUCCCUGAAAGAUGCGUACAGCGAGUAUGAAGUCGAGGAUAUCUUGGAAAAUCUGUCUAAAGGGCCGGAUGCCUUGGACAGGGCGUACGAGGACGCGAUCAAACGUAUCGAUCACCAGCCAGCGAAUCGGAAACAUUAUGCUCGACUCACUAUUUCCUGGAUGGUUCAAUGCCUCCAACCAAUUUCACCAGUGGAACUUCAGCACGCUGUAACCAAGCCCGAACACCUAGAGAGGGGUCUCUCAGCAUCGGCCCUUGUGAAGAUAGAUGCUCUUGUAUCUUUCUGCGCCGGACUCAUCACGAUCGACCACGAGUCGAAUGUCGUUCGAUUCGUUCAUUACACCACACAGGAGUACUUCACACGAGACCGGCUCACAAAGUGGCUGCCAGGUGCAGAAUUGGGUCCAGCACAGUUGUGCACUGCAUACAUGAUGAACUCCAAGCUUUUGGAGGCUAUAGAAGACACGCAUAAAACUUGGUUAGAACACGUGAGAGAACGUGAAGAGUCGAUAAUGUCCUCUCAAAACCCGGCCAUGUUUCAGGGAGACGAUUCUUACCUGCUGAUGCGACCCGAAAACACGCUUGCGAACUGGUCGCUCUUGGGGUACUGCAAGAAACACUGGGGUUCGCAUUGUUCAGAAUUUCAGAAGCCCCUGCAGAAUGUGCUCCUGAACUUUCUCACAGGGCCAGCAAUGGUCGUGUAUCGCGAACAAAACUUGCGGUGGCACGAGAACUUCUGUUCCGUGUCGCCAUAUGGAGAUAUUGCAACUGGUAACAGCUUUAUCGGUCAAGCCCAACUGCGGCAGGUCACCCCGAUAUCAAUCUGUUCUCGAUGGGGUCUCAACCAUCUGAUAAGCAAAUUAUUGGAUCAAGGCUCCGACACUCAAGUGGCACCGAUGCUGAAGGAAAAAGGUCCCGGCCACCCCGACUACGGGUGUUCCUUGCUUGGGUUCCGCCACAUAGCCCUUGACGAGCCGCUCUUACUCGCCAGUCGGAUGGGGAAUGUGGAACUUGCAGCCUUGCUGCUUGCACGCACCUCGAUACGGGACGACGUUUAUUACGAAGCUUUCCGAGCAGCGGACGAGAAAAAGGAUCUUGAUAUGCUUCACAUUCUCAUCACAAGGUGCCCCCUGGAUACCAUAUCCCUCAAUCGAAUAGCCAUGUGCUCUUCUAUGGACGAAUCUCGGAUUAAAAAUAGUCUCCUCGUUCGUUCGCUACACAUGUCGCCUGAUGAGAAUCUUGAGGGAUUCAAGGUAUUAUUUGGCCGGCCGAAUGCAUCUUUCUGGGUGGAGUAUCUGCUUGAGCAGGGCUUAGACGCCAACAAGACGUACCCGGGGAAUCAGACUGGUAUUGAGAUUGCCGCUGCAGCUGGCUGCCUUGAGAGUGUCCGUGUUCUGCUGAACUAUCCGGAUGUACAAGUGUGCUAUGCCGACAAAAAGGAUGCGUUGGAACUCGCGGCAGAAGAGGGCCACUUGGGAGUUUUCCGCGCACUGCUGUCUCAUGUUUCGAGUAUUCCGAACAUGAUCGACUUGGUUCAAUGCAGUGUUGGCCGAGUCUUCAAACUUGUUGCCGAAGCCCCUCGCUGGAACCCUCGGCCGUCAAGAGUGCCAAUCAUGAGGUCCUUGCUUGAGUACGAAGACUUCAGUCGCCUGACAUUCAAUCAAGUGAAGAAGGCCAUACAGUCUGCAGUCUCCAGUCCCUCCGAUUACGACCGAUUAGAUGAGCAACAUGCCAUCUUAGAUUUGAUCUUUCAUCAUUCUAGCAUUGACUUUCAAUGCAUAGACAUCCACGGACGCACGCUGUUACAAACCGCUGUAGCGCAUACGCUGGCCUGCCGUGCAUCCAUCAGGGACAGGACAAAGGAAUCUGUGCUUGCUGAUGAAAAAUACACGCGCACAUUGAGUAUGUUGCUCCAACAUCCUAGCUUCGACUUCAGCAGCCAAUACAACCCUCUGAUCGAGUUCUUGACGAAGCACCAUGUGGACAUAGACGAACAAAAGAACCGUGGUCUGGACAUCAUUUCCAAAAUUCAAAUGCUUCUGAAAGACUCUCGGUUUCAGCCAGACAUCCCCGACGAAAGCGGGCGGACGGCUUUGUCGCAUGCAUCGGAAUACCACGCCGAGUACCUUGUUAGAAUGCUCAUUCAACAUCCGCUCGUCGAUGUGAAUUCAAGAGAUGCCUCUGGUCGGACGCCACUCUCCUAUGCGGCGGGAAGCGAACAUAGGGACUCCAAGAUAUCCGUCGUACCGAUCUUGUUAGAAAAUGACUCUGUCAGAGAGAAAGCGAAUUGCCCCGACACAGCGGGAAUCACACCUUUGAUGUACAGCUGCAGGCUCGGUAAAGUAGACCAGGUGGGAUUAUUGUUGGAUGUUGCGGCAUCGGAAGCCAACCUACAUGAUCAUCAUGGCCGAACGCCGCUUCUUCAUGCUCUCGAGGCCGGGCCUUACCAUUACAACGAUUGUGGGGCCUUACCAUUACAACGAUUGUGA